GAAGGGAAAAUACAGCCAAUCAAAUCCUGGAACACUUCUCAGGUGAGGACCCAUCACAGGCUGAGGACCCAGAGCAGGACUCUUUCAGGCCUCUGAUAGGCCAGGUGGCCAACCAAUCAUCCUGUCUCGCUGCUGACCAGAGGGACUCGGCCAUGGAGCAACUGGUUGGUCAACCCUCUGCUCACUCGUCCAUGAUCGGUCGCCUUCCAGGUCUGCCAGCUUCAGUGAGCAUGGAUCAAGGUGGAUGGGAUUCCACUCUAAGCCGGAUGAUUGGUCGACUCUCUCAUCAGUCCAGCUCUAAUUGGCUGAGUGGUGGGCAGGAUUUUUAUGCUGGUCAACUGAUGGGGCAGAUGGCGCUGGAGCCGUCGACCACAUGGCUGGAUGAUGGUCAGGAGGAGAGCCUGAUGAGACCGCUGGUUGGGGAGCUUGAUAAUCAGCACAGUGGAAGCUCAGGUGAAAGUACCCACGUAGAUCUUGGUGUCUCAACUGAGGCCAGUUUGCCGUCAUACCCUGCAUUGCCUCCUGAAGCUUCGUCACAAAGUGCCACUGUCCCGGGUGUGAGUCCACAUCCAGAAAACCAGAUACUGCAGAACCAAACCAGUCUGAUGGACUUGGGCCCAGAGAGGACUGAAGUUUUUCCAGGCUCAGACUCCUUCCAUCCGCUACUGGCUGAGGUCACCCACAAUGAAACAGCCGACCCCUCCAUGACCUUUCACCUGCUCGAACGCAAUGUGCCUAACUCUCUUGAAGCACAGCCAGGUAGUGGGGAAAGCAGUGUCUCCACACCUUUCGAAGAGUCUAAAACGCACUCUGAUCCUUCUGUUGAGUCUGAACCGUCACCUGAACACCUUCGAACAGAGAAGCCUGCCUUACAUGAAUCGUCCCAGUGCCGGCUCCAAGAGUCUGUCCUCGUGUUGGAUGACACCAUGAGGACUAAUGUGGAGCCAACAGCUCUGUAUCUGUCAAACCUAUCCAUGUGUGAUGAUACAGCUGCUUUGGGUCUUCAGCAGUCAACAGGAAGGGAUGCAGAAAAGCCUCAAGAUCCAGUCCCAUUCAGUGACCUUUGUGCUGAAGAACUGAAGUCUGUGCAGGGUUCAAACCUGAGGAAUGAUAUUCCAGCUUCAGAUAAGAUAUUGGAGGUGGGCAGUGAGAAGGGGAUCCUGGAGGAGUCAGAGAUAACACUAGUGAGCCUGACAGACACCACACUGCAGGACCAAGAGACGAGCAUCACUGAGGAAGAGGGAAUUUGGGAAGGCAAACAUCCGGAUGGAGUGAGGGAGGAAGGACGGACAGGCCAAGAGAUGGAGAGUACAGAAUCCACAUUGAUACCAGAAGAGACGCUAGAGGACAAGGACCAAACGCAUCCAGUGAUGUUCCUGGACUUUCAGUGGGGUCCUAGCAGAGGUCUGCAGGAGGUCAACCAGCAGAAGCGCAGAGCUCUGCUCCAGAGAUCAUCCCGCAGGGUGGAAGACAUCAAGGCCAAAGCGGCUCUCAUCAAGAUUCAGCCUGAGAAACAAUUUCCAUCUGAAGCCAGAGAGCAAUCUAAAACUGAGGAAUCUAAACCAGUCACUCGCAAGGCAAAGACUAAACCAGAGCCUCAACAUAAGACUAAUAAGUCAAACAGAGGCCAAGCUGAGCAGCAGCAGACCACUGAGAAGUCUGACUUCAUCAAGCAGCAAAAGCCCCAGCUUCCCCCUCCAGUGAACGAUUCCAAGCUGAAAAAGGUGGAUGAAGUGAGAUGCUACACACAAGAGCAAAGGAAACGGGAUGUUUCUGAGAUGCACCAGAGAACUCAGAGACUGUAUGAGCAGCUGGAGGAGGUGAAGAAUCAGAAAACAAUCAGGAGCCGACAGGAAGCUUAUGCGAAAAACAGAUUGAAAGCCAAGGAAUUCCACAAGAAAACCUUACAGAAGCUUCGUGCCAAGCAGAUUCAGCAGUGACCGACUUUGAAUGUGUUCUAGUUUUACUUCUGUAAAUUUAAGUUAAUUUGUAAAGUUUUUAUCAAUAAAGCAUUUAUAGUAAUAUAAUAUAGUUUUGCACUCAAGUUCUGAAAAUCUAAUC